AUGGAGAAGCCACCGGAGAAUCAGUCCAGUCACUUGAAAAAUAACUCCUCCACCACCGCCAACCACAACAAGCAAGAAGGAGUGAAUAACAAUGGCAACCGAACAAAGUACCGUGGCGUGAGGCAGAGGCAGUCAGGCCGUUACACGGCGGAGAUAAGAGACCCUCAGUCCAAGAAGCAGCGGUGGCUGGGCACCUACACCACACCGGAGGAAGCUGCUCGUGCCUACGAUGCCGCCGCCCGAGCCCUUCGCGGCCAUAAGGCCUGGACCAAUUUCCUUGAUUACCCUACUAAUAACAACAACGACCUCGAAAACCCUAACCCUUUUUUGUCUUUUUCUUCCUCCUCAAACAUACUUCUUCUCCGGUUUCUUCUGGACUUCAUCAACUCCUCCUCCAACCCCUCUCUGGUCUUUUCCGCUCAGCAACUCUACGAUCAGUUGUUGCUGAACGGAAUAAGCAGCAGCAGCAGCAACAACAAUAAUAAUAAUAAUAACUGCAGAUUAACAGAGACAGUGUUCUCUCACGAGAUGAUGAGGAACGGUAAUUAUAAUAACUCGGGUGUCCUUUUUGGUCAUUUUCCCAUGCAAACUGAUUUUGAUGGUGACUUUAAUAAUAAUAACUUUAGUAGUAGUAAUGUGGUUGACAAUGGUCAUUUGAUGGAAGAAGGAAGUGUGUUUCAGUUCCCUGAGAUUCAUAAUCAUCAUCCUCAUGAUGAGGAGGAUCUUCUUGCGGCAUUCUGGAUCGAUGAACACUACUAA